CUAUUCAAAGAAACACACAAAAAUUUGAAGCAUUAAUUUCCUUUUUAUUUGCUGGAAAAAUUAAGGAUCAACAGCUAUGGAGGUUGAGUUGGGGCUCAAGAUCACAAGAACCAGAGAUGAUACCACUUCCAUUUCUGAUUUUCAGUUUGCCAAAGACAGAGCAGGACCUCUGUUCUUGUCCAAAGAAACUGAUGCAAUGUUCACCCUCACUGCACAUCUUAAAGGAUAUAAGAAAGAUAACAUUGACAUUAGUAUUAGUGAAGAUGGUACUGAGAUUUCAGUUAGUGGGGAGAAGGAAGUGCAGGAAAUGCAGAUGAUACCAUUCAAGAAAGAGCUAAAAAUCAAAGGGUUCAGAAAGAAGUUCAAAAUCCCUGAUGGGGUGGUUUUGGAUCGGAUCAAGGCUAAGUAUGACGAAGAAGAUGCAGCUUUGACAAUUGUGAUGCCAAAAAUGGAAAUGGCAAAAGGAAUAUCAGGGGAUGGACUUGAGGAGGUAAAGGAAGAAGAGGUUGUUAAUAACAGUGUGAUACAAGAGGCAGAGCAAAGUGCACCAGAAGAGGUUCCUGAUAAGACUGAAGAGGAAACAGCUCCAGUGAAGAAGAGAGGUCCCAAACCUUGGAAACCUUGUCCUCCUUUGUAUCUUGGAGGAUCAACUUUGCUUGUUUCUCUUAUUUUUCUUGUAAUUCAUUAUAUUAGAGUGAGAAAGCAUUGAACAACAAAUGCGUUAAUCAACUGACUAGGGCUUUUCUAUUCUAAGUAGAGGUCUUGGGUUUUUGAGUAUUUGUUAAUGCAUAUGGUUUAAAAAAGUGAGAAAGUUUUGAUUUACUUAAG